UGUAUUAUUUUGAACCACACUCUGUCCUUCUGCCACUGAAGACAUGUCUACCACCACGCUCCCCAUGGACCCCACCAAAAUGGGGGUGGGUCGCUCAAUCGCUGUGCUAACUUCGGGAGGUGAUGCACAAGGUAUGAACGCUGCAGUGAGGGCCACAGUCAGAGUGGGUCUCUACACUGGAGCUAAGGUCUUCUUUGUGCAUGAAGGUUACCAAGGCCUGGUAGAUGGUGGGGACCAUAUCAAGCCAGCAACAUGGGAGAGUGUGUCCAUGAUGCUCCAACUGGGUGGGACAGUGAUUGGCAGUGCUCGCUGUAAAGAUUUCCGCAGCAGAGAUGGGCGCAUGAUUGCAGCAUGUAACCUGGUGAAGCUGGGCAUCACUAACUUGUGUGUGAUUGGAGGCGAUGGCAGUUUGACUGGAGCCAAUGAGUUCAGGACCGAGUGGAGCGGCCUGCUGAAAGACCUGGUCAAAGCUGGUAAGAUCACAGAAGCUGAGGCCAAAAGGUCAUCACAUCUGAACAUUGUGGGGAUGGUGGGCUCCAUUGAUAAUGACUUCUGUGGCACGGACAUGACAAUUGGCACUGAUUCUGCCCUGCACCGCAUCAUUGAGGUGGUGGAUGCCAUCACCACCACUGCACAGAGCCAUCAGAGGACAUUCAUUCUUGAAGUCAUGGGACGACAUUGUGGGUACUUGGCCCUGGUCACAGCUCUGGCUUGUGGUGCAGAUUGGGUCUUUAUCCCUGAAAUGCCUCCAGAUGAGGGCUGGGAAAACCAUCUCUGCAGGAGACUGGCAGAUCAAAGAGCCAGAGGAUCCCGUUUGAAUGUCAUCAUUGUGGCUGAAGGGGCUAUCAGCAGAGAUGGUAAACCAAUCACCUCUGACCAAAUCAAAAAGCUUGUGACAGACAGACUUGGCUUUGACACUCGCACCACAAUACUGGGACAUGUGCAAAGAGGCGGCACACCCUCUGCAUUUGACAGAAUCCUUGGCAGUAGGAUGGGUGUGGAGGCAGUGAUGGCUCUGCUGGAGGCCACCCCUGACACUCCGGCCUGUGUGGUCAGUUUGUCUGGAAAUCAGGCAGUCAGGCUGCCCCUAAUGGAGUGUGUUCAAGUGACCAAAGAUGUAACAGCAGCGAUGGCCGAGGGGAGAUUUGAGGAUGCCAUUAAGCUUAGAGGAAAGAGUUUUGAGAAUAACUGGAACACCUACAAGCUCCUGGCUCACAUCAAUCCUCCAGAUGUGAAGGUACAAAAUGAAUACUUGGAUCACUAUAACUCAUGGAUAUUAUUUUCUUUGACAAAUCCAUACCAUUCCUUUGUUAUACAGAGCAAUAUUAAUGUAGCCAUAAUGAAUGUUGGUGCUCCCUGUGCCGGUAUGAAUGCUGCAGUGAGAGCUGCUGUCAGGAUGGGCAUCAUUCAGGGACACAACAUGUUGGCUGUUCACGAUGGCUUUGAUGGACUUGCUCAUGGCCAGAUUGAGCCCAUUUGCUGGACCGGAGUGACUGGCUGGACGGGAAAAGGAGGCUCAAUGCUAGGCACAAAAAGAACUCUACCGGGAAAACUAUGUGAAGAAAUUAGUCUGAAUAUCGCUAAAUUCAACAUCCAUGCUCUGGUAAUCAUUGGAGGAUUUGAGGCUUAUGUUGGAGGGUUGGAGUUGGUUCAGGCCAGAGAGCGAUACGAGGAGAUGUGCAUUCCCAUGGUGGUGAUUCCUGCCACUGUGUCCAAUAAUGUUCCAGGAUCAGACUUCAGUAUUGGUGCAGACACAGCCCUCAACACAAUCACAGCAACUUGUGACCGGAUAAAGCAGUCCGCAGCAGGUACCAAACGACGAGUGUUUAUUGUGGAGACUAUGGGAGGUUACUGUGGCUACUUGGCCACUAUGGCGGGCCUUGCAGCAGGGGCUGAUGCUGCCUACAUAUAUGAGGAAAAAUUCAGUAUUAAAGACCUUGAAAUGAAUGUGAUGCAUCUUAUUGAGAAGAUGAAAACAACUGUUAAGAGAGGAUUGAUUCUAAGAAAUGAGAGUUGCAACUCCAACUACACCACUGACUUUAUUUUCAACUUGUAUUCAGAAGAGGGCAAAGGCACUUUUGACUGCCGUAAAAAUGUCCUGGGACAUAUGCAGCAGGGUGGUACGCCUACACCAUUUGACAGAAACUUUGGGACUAAAAUGGGGGCAAAAUCUGUCCUGUGGCUAACUGAUAAACUGAAGGACUGCUACAGACAUGGCCGAAUCUUUGCCAACACACCCGACUCUGCCUGUGUACUUGGGAUGAGGAAGAGAGCACUGACUUUUCAGCCCCUUGCUGAACUUAAAGCAGACACUGAUUUUGAACAUCGUAUCCCCAAGACGCAGUGGUGGCUUAAGAUAAGACCGAUCAUGAAGAUCCUUGCCAAGUACGACAUCAAACUGGACACCUCUGAACAUGCAGAUAUGGAGCAUGUCAUUAAAAAGAGAGGUCAGCUGUAGCUGGCUCUGACUUCAAUAGAUUACAUUUGUGUCACAUGAAAUGAUGAUUGUUUAUAGCUGUCAUCGUUGUAAUGAUAUGAAGUUAUGGGCACCUCUGUAGUCACCAAGAAGAUCUCAAGAAACACAUUAAAUUAUUAUUACUUGUA